ACAGACAGUGUUCACAAGAUGAUCGAGUGGGAGAAUGCCCCAGCUGCUGUGGCUGAAUCACCCGAGAUCAAGCUCUUUGGGAAAAGGAGCACUGAUGUGCAGAUCAAUGACAUCUCUCUUCAGGACUACAUUGCCUGCAAGGUGAAAUAUGCCAAGUACCUCCCUCACAGCAGGGGGCGCUACGCUGCCAAGCGGUUCUGCAAAGCCCAGUGCCCCAUUGUGGAGAGGCUGACCAACUCCAUGAUGAUGCACAGCCACAACAACGGUAAGAAGCUACUGACCUGCCGCAUCAUGAAGCACACCUUCGGAUUCAUCCACCUGCUCACCGGAGAGAAACCCCUGCAAGUUCUGGUGAAUGCCAUCAUUAACAGCGGACCCUGUGAGGACUCAACCCGUAUUGGACAGGCCAGGACAGUGAGGAGACAGGCUGAGUACAUGUGCCCCCUGCAUAGAGUCAACCAGGCUAUCUGGCUGCAGUCCACCGGUGCCAGGGAAGCUGCAUUCAGAAACAUCAAGACCAUUGCAAAGUGUCUGGCUGACAAGCUGAUCAAUGCUGCUAAGGCUUCAUCCAACUCCUACGCCAUCAAGAAUAAGGAUGAGCUGGAACGUGUGGCCACGUCCAACCAUUAA